AGUUCGCGAUAACCCCACAGUACUGACACGCUCGGAACACGUUCGUUGUCCGAGUGUUUUAAAGAAAAACUUCGUGUAACGUGGAAUUUCUCGCGACUUGCUACUAAAAUCGGUAGUAAAAGAUCCUCGAAUCAUUUGAGAUAUGAUACGAACGACAACAGGUCUGCGCAAUGAAUUGGCACGCGCUAUACUACGAAAUUCCGUCCGGACGACCACCGUAAGGUGCAUGGUACGAUGUCUUCACAGAAAAUAUCUACAGAGGAUUCAGGUACACAAUACCUUAAGUCUUAUGGUGAUCCCAGGAAGGCAACAAGUUAGAUUUUAUGCUGAUUAUCCUGAUCAUCUCAGAGUACAACUUCCUGCAUUAUCACCUACUAUGGAAACUGGUACUAUUGUUAGUUGGCAGAAAAAGGAAGGUGACAAGUUGAAUGAAGGUGACUUACUAGCAGAAAUUGAAACUGAUAAAGCAACAAUGGGCUUUGAAACACCGGAAGAAGGCUACUUGGCAAAGAUUUUAGUACCAGCAGGAACAAAAAAUGUUCCUAUUGGAAAACUUGUUUGUAUAAUUGUAUCAGAUGAAGCCAGUGUAGCUGCUUUCAAAGAUUUUAAAGAUGACUCUCCAGAUGUCCCAGCAGCUGCACCUCCUGGCCCUGCACCAGCUGCUCCUACACCAUCUACUCCUCCUCCAUCUCCAGUAACACCACCAGCACCUGCAGCUGCAAAACCAAUGGGUGCUCCAAGCGUACCAUCCGGUGAUAGAAUAUAUGCCAGUCCAUUAGCUAAAAAAAUUGCAGCAGAGAAAGGCCUCAGUUUGCAGGGCUUAAAAGGUACAGGACUGUAUGGAUCUGUAACAGUAAAGGAUUUAGCAGGGGCACCGGCGAUUGGUGCUCAACCAGCAGCAGCAGUAGCAGGAGCACCAGCAAUGGAUGUUCCAGCAGGAAUGGAUAUUCCUGUAUCCACUAUUAGAGCAGUAAUUGCUAAACGUCUUUUGGAAAGCAAACAAACUAUCCCACAUUACUAUUUAUCAGUGGAUAUAAACAUGGAUGCCGCUUUAGCAAUGCGGGAGAAAUUUAAUAAAAUGUUAGAAAAAGAGAAAGUAAAACUCAGUGUAAACGAUAUUAUUAUCAAAGGAAUGGCGAUGGCCUGUAAAAAAAUACCUGAGGGUAACAGUGCGUGGAUGGGUGAUGUUAUUAGACAAUUUAACAAUGUUGAUGUCUGUGUAGCGGUUAGUACAGAAAACGGCCUAAUUACACCAAUAGUUUUUAGUGCAGAUACAAAGGGUAUAGUUCAAAUCAGUAAAGAUGUUAAAGCAUUGGCUACUAAAGCAAGGGAAGGAAAAUUGCAGCCACAAGAAUUUCAAGGAGGAACUAUCACUAUAUCAAAUCUAGGAAUGUUUGGCAUUAAAAACUUUUCUGCCAUUAUAAAUCCUCCUCAAUCCAUCAUCCUUGCCAUAGGUACUACUGAAACAAGACUGGUACCUGCCGACAAUGAGAAAGGAUUCACAACUUCUCAAUUUAUGUCCGUCACUGCCAGCUGCGAUCAUCGUACUAUAGACGGUGCUGUAGGAGCUCAAUGGUUAGCUGUCUUUAAGAACUUUAUGGAGAAUCCAACAACUAUGCUGUUGUAGUACAAAAAGGUGAUGAUGAGUGUCCUGUAUAUUUGUGUAUAGUACAAUAUUAAAUUAUAUUACUUUACGCAUUUGUAAAUUGUUGAUUUUUGAUAGGUUCAAAAUUUGAAGGGCACAUUUUCUUUUUCUUAUUUGAAAAAAAUGUUGCGUCAUUCAGCGAUAUUUCACUAACAUCAUUAGGCCCAAUUUCCUUCUAUUUAAAAAAUUUUACAUAUGUGGUUUUUCACACAAUGUGAAGUACAAGACUGACGAUCAAUUUCAGAGCAGGAAGACAAGUAUUGUUAAAUGUUUUUAUAGGAACAUCUUAUUUUGUCGUUUAUAAAACCUUGUUACUUGAUUAUUUAUUUGAAUGAAAAAC